CACAAGGGCCAUCACAUUCGCCCCUCAUACCUUCCGGCCGAGCACAGCCAGCAGCGAUAGUAAUCCUCCGGCGUCAUCGUCACUCGAUCCCCGACUCGCCAGGUGUCUGUGCGCGCGCCGUGCGCCAGCGCCGGCUCCACUUGACGUUAGCACCAGCACCCCAGCGCCCACGCGCGCCGGAACACGCUCCCUCAAUUCUCUCCUGACCACCUACGCCUGUCUGUCGUCCACCUUGGACUUCCUCUCUCAGCCUCUCGCAUCCACCGCCCACCGCGAGUCGCAUCGCGACCCAACCGAGCCACCGUCCGAGCGACGCACCGGUUGCCAGCCGCGCACUCAUCCUCCGCACACGCCGACGAGUACGCGUGUUCCUUCCCCUCCCCUCCCGUCGGUGCGCAACGACCCUCACCCGUGUUUCUUGCUCCCCCCCGCCGUGGUGCCUGGAGCCGCGACCCCACGUCCGCAGACCCCCCGAUUCGGACACUUUGCCCUAUCUUGAGCUUCUGCCUCGACGAGCCCCCGAAGAUCCAAGUCCUGUCGAGACGGCAAGGUGUGCGACGCCGAACCGACCCGUAGCUCGCUAUCGAGCCAAGCUCAGCACGGACGCCUUUGCCGUGCCACCUCCUCGAGUCUCUCGACACACCCGACUGCCCUCGUCGCUCCGCACGCGCCUCCAACGCCAGACUCUUAGGCCUCUUGUGGAUUGUCACACCAGGGCAAGCUGAGCACCGCCUAUCCUGCGCAUCGUUCUCCGAACGCCUCACCUUGCUGCCUGCCUGACUGCGGGACUACCAUCGCAAUCCUUCUGCAUGCGCACUAAUCCGCGGUGAACGUGCGGGCUCCGUCAGACUAUUGCCUCAGCGGACCGACCUCAGGUAAGUGACACCCGUACCCAGCCUUGGCCCUCCCCUGCAUUAUUCGCUUGCCUUCCCACUUCCUGCUUCUUUACCCAUACCAAGUAACUCCAUGUCAUGUCAUGCUGUCCUUGACCGGCUCCCCUUGCCCAUCCCUGGUCUGUCCCUGCUCACCCAUGCCCUGUACCCGCUGUCGCCAUCCACGGACCCUGCUCUCCUCAUCCACACCUUGGCAUCCUGCCCUUGUCUUGCCUCUCCCCGGACCCAACGCCAGGCACCUGUCCAAGCUACUGUGGUUCGAUACGGCAGUCUUCUCCAAGACGAUCCUUCGGAGCUGGAAGGUCAAGUUGACCAACCUCCUUGACUCUAUUCAACUUGAUUCCGUUCGUGAACAUUUUGCAAGGAACGCGGCAAGGCGCGACCUGCGAUGGCAGCGACAGGCAUGACGACGAGGACGAAUCCAAGAUUCAUCUCAGGUCAAAGCUUUACAUGCCCUUCGAACAUUGAUUUUCACGCUGAAUUCUCAGCUUAACCUGCUCUCGCGAUCCGUCUCGUGACCCAACGCGCCUCGGAAGCGGCGUUGAUCAACGUCAUGGCACAACCCGCGGGACUGACCAACCUACAGGACUCGCCUCGACGACGCAACUCCCCUCUGUCGGAACCCGAGGCGAAUGCCUCUCGAUCAACGACCGAAGGCUAUAGUCCCGACAGUUUUUCUGGCGUAUAUCGAGGCGUUCAACAGGCUCCCAGGCUUCCCAGAAAGAGCUCCGCGCUUGGUUUUAACGAAUCCGCGAUCAUCGCCAGCGGGAGCAAACGCACUUCUACCUAUCAGCCUUCACAGGCAACGAAAUCAUCGCCCAAACCUGAAGCUCAGCAUGCAAAGCAGCUGAGCCUGAAGCAUAGCCUCGCCAAACCUCUGCCGCAGACACCUACGCAGCACGGCCCCGCCACACCGAUCGCUUCACAAUCGGCGGGCCAAGAUACGCGACUCCGCCCGCCUGAGCUCAAGAUGGACAGCAGAACGAGCACGAUGGAUUCGACAAGUUCGGCGGCCUCUGGGCAAAUAUAUGGUGGACAAGACCAAUACGCGCAAGACAUGAAUAGCAGUAUGAGCAGCCUCGCCAGCUCUGUUAGGCAGGAGGGUGUGGAAGAAGCACGAGAUGGGCUUACGCCUCGGAGCAAUGGGCCGACAUCCGCUGCGGCGUCGCCAGCCGUGACACAAACGAGGUCGCAAGCUACUGCCACACCCGUUGGAGGGCCGUCUCAGGGGUCCUCUGCUCACUUAUCUGGAUUGAUGUGCAAUGUGCACCGCACGACCGGACGCGAGCCUCCACCCCUUGUCGGCGCCACCACUACGAUCCUAGGAGACAAGCUGUACGUUUUCGGCGGCAGGAUACUGUCCCGUAGCCGCCCGGCACCAUUGACUGCAGAUCUGUAUGAGCUCGACCUUAUUCGCCGGCACUGGAUGAAGCUCGAGACGAGUGGCGACACGCCGCCCCCGCGAUAUUUCCAUUCCAUGUGUCCCCUUGGAGACACCAAGAUGGUCUGCUACGGGGGCAUGUCUCCCGCGGCUAGCCAGUCUGCGUCUGCCGACCAGCAGCAGCCUGAAGUCACCGUCAUGUCUGACAUUUACACCUACGACGUUUCGUCCAAGAAGUGGACGUACUUGCCAGCCCAGGAUGCCCCGCAGGGCCGAUAUGCGCAUUGCGCUUGCAUCCUGCCGUCCUCGGCAUCCUUUGCCUCGACCAAAGCACCGCUGUCCGCACUUCAACACAAUCCGUCAACAGGAAACCCGAAUGAGGGCCGCAUCGGCAUCAAUAUUGAUGGCUCGGGUGGCGCGGAGAUGGUCAUUGUGGGUGGUCAGGAUGGCGCAAACCAUUAUAUUGAGCAGAUCAGCGUCUUCAACCUUCGCAGCCUCAAGUGGACGUCGACUCAGCCGCUGGGGAAGAGCUGUGGUGCUUAUCGGAGUGUCGCGGCUCCGCUUCCCCCAUCAGUGACAUCUAGAAUUGGAAAGCUGGCCCAAAACGCCUCACAGCGAACGGACGGUGGCAUCAGUCAAGAGGCACGAGAGCCGGGCUCUUCCAUGCUAAUUUACUCCAACUAUAACUUUCUGGAUGUCAAGCUGGAGCUUCAGAUCCGUGCGUCGGACGGCACCCUGACGGAACGGCCCAUGUCAGGCACGUAUUCGCCCCCGGGACUUCGAUUUCCUAAUGGCGGCGUGAUUGACACCCAUUUCGUGGUGAGCGGGACGUAUCUCACUUCCUCAAAGCAAGAGUACGCCCUUUGGGCGUUGGACUUGAGGACUUUGACCUGGAGUCGCAUAGACGCCGGCGGGAGCGUUUUCAGCCAAGGAAGCUGGAACCGAGGUGUCUUGUGGAACCGCCGCAACACAUUUGUCAUACUUGGGAACAGGAAACGCAGCCUUGUGGACGACUACAACCAUCGGCGCAUCAACUUUUCGAAUGUCUGCAUGGUGGAGCUGGAGGCUUUCGGGUUUUAUGAUAACCCGCGCAAAACUAGCCCAUUGUCCGGUUUUAUCUCGGCGAGCAGUCCUUACUCUGGUCCAGGCCUUAGCCUCACGCGCAAGGCAGGGUACACGGCGGGCGGCCGUUUCCAUUCCCGAGCGAGCGAGGAGCUUGGCGAGAAAGCCCUCGCCAUGCGAGAACUGUCCGACAUGGACAUCUUGUGUAUCGGCGGUGAGCGCAUACCGGUUAACUCGCGAAUUGUCGCGAGGAGAUGGGGGCCGUAUUUUGUGCAGCUCCUCAGGGAAGGGACAGCGUCGCAAGAUGGCAGUGAUGGCUUCACGCUGCGUUCUGGCCUCUCCAGCAAUCCGCUGAGGGCGUCGGCGUUGACCAUUACACCCAACUCGAAGAACACGCCCGAGGGAUCGUCCGUCAAUAGCGGAUCUAUACUAUCGACGUCGGCAUCCAGCACGUCUCUAUCCACGGGCCCCGUUCCAGGCAGCUCCGGAACAACGGCCGGCCAGGGAGAAGAUAUCAACCCAGCCACCACGAACACUGCGCCGACACCUCGGUCGCUGCCCCCAAAUCUUCGCCCGCGAUGCGUCUAUCUACCACAUACAUACCUGACUGUUCAGGCACUACUCCAUUUUCUUUACACAAGCUCACUCCCGCCACUGUCGUCACCUCUUUGUACGCCGCAGAUUCUAUGCUCACUUCUCCAGAUCGCGAGGCCGUAUCGCGUAGACGGUCUUCUUGAAGCCGUUGUCGAACGCCUCCACGCUCUUUUGGAUAGCAGGAACGCUGCAGCAGUGUUCAACGCGACGGCCAUGGCCGCAGGAGGCGGCCGUGGUAUUGACGGGUCUCUCAACCCUAACUUCUUUGUUGGCAGCCUUGACCCCAUUGGCUCGCCGACUUCGACCUCUGACUUCUCUCUGGGUGGCACGACUGCGAACGAAGCGUUCUCAUCUGACUUGACUGCCGCAGCUGGAGGCUUGAGCAUCAACACCAGCGUCCAGCCAAGUCGCCCACACAGCGGCGAGGUUUCUGCCUCUACCAGCCGCAGUGGUUCAGAAUGGGGUUCCGAAGUCGGAGGCAGCGAAGGGGAACGCUUCAUAUGGAAUGGCGAGCUGAGUAGUGUGGCCCGGUAUAUGCAGCCGGACAGCAAGGGGGAGGUCAACGUGUGGGACUCGGGAUUGCAGGGCCAUGAAUGA